AUGGCAAAUUGGGCAGAACUGCCUCGUGACCUCCUUAUUCCGAUUGCGCAUCGUGUUAAGGUGAUUGAAGAUUUUAUUGCUUUUGGUGCUGUUUGUACCUCAUGGCGAACUGCUACCCCCAAGCAUAAUUUUGAUGUGUUUUCGCCCCAAGUUCCGUUGCUAAUGCUGGCUGAUAAAGACGAUGAUUAUCGAGAAUUUUACUCUCUUUCCAAGCAGAAAGUUUCACGCAUAUUUCUCCCCGAAGUUAGAGGACGAGCGUGUUUUUCGUCGGAAGGAUGGAUCUGCACCGCGGCAUACACUGGAGAGGUAAACUUGUUGCAUCCUUUCUCCCGUACCCAAAUCCAACUUCCUCCACAAGAGGCCUUAUUGGCUUUUGAUUGUGACGAUCCAGAGGGAGGAUAUCCGUGCAUCGACCAAGCUGUGUUAUCUGCUAGCCCUUCUCUUACAUCUGAUUAUGUACUGGUAGUUUCUUUUUAUGGAUAUAAAAAUUGUUUGGCUUUUUGGCGACCUGGAGACCUUAGCUGGACUAAUAUGAAAAUCGACAGAUCUAUUGUAAUUGGUGGAGUUACCAGUCUCAAAUACUAUAAGGGUAAAUUUUAUGCUGUGUAUUACUCUGGCCAAGUCUGGGUUUAUGAUGUACCAAUUGGAGAGCCACGUGAUCUUGUUUGGCUUGAGGAUGAUAUGUUUAAACGGCCGUUAGUUCAGUUCUACCUAGUAGAGGUAUCAGGUGCACUAUUAUUGGUUAGCCGAUUUGCCUCAGAGGGUCCAAAUGGUGGUGCUGUAACCUUUAAAUUUAGAGUUUUUGAAUUAGAUGUAAUCAAAGGUGAAUUGAAGGAGAUUAACACCUUGGGAGAAUCAUCAAUUUUCUUGGGCCGUAAUGGAGCAAGUUCUAUUGACUCCUCUAAGUUUAUCGGAGUCAAGCGUAAUCAAAUAUAUUUUACUGAUGAUUGGACUGAUUUUUUCCGCACAUUAGAAGGAGGGGGUGGAAGAGAUAUGGGGGCUUACGAUCUUGAAAGUGGAAAAAUUGAAUCUUUUUAUCCUGGAUUGUCACUAAGUCCUAUUUGCCCGCCAACUUGGGUCGCACCAUCAUUCUAA